AUGAUUCAGAUUUUCAAAGCAAGUUUUUAUGCGUAUCUGUUGAAGUCUCUUUUAACAUUCAGUGUAGCACUUGGUAAUAUAUCGCAUUUGGGGCACUUGCGCACCCAACAGGAAGAUGUGAAAUUUUCUUCAGACGGCGAUUUUCAACAAUCAUCCACCAAUUGUCGCAUCAGUUCAAAGGAGCUCUUAGCUGCUGCUGAAUCCACGGCUCGUUCAAUUCUUCAGGGAAUAUGUAAUCCACGAGAAAUUGAAGAUCGGCUCCACAACAUAGAAUCACAAAUGGCAGAUCAACUUAAUGUCAUAAAAACCAUGAUACUUAACAUUGAAGAUAAGUUGGCUCAACAAGAUAGCCAAUACCGACGAGCUAACCGAAAACUGCACGGUGUAGUUGCAGAAUUGAGUGAAUCUGUGCAGGCUUGCACAAAUCUGCAAUUCUCGGCAAGCAACUCAAACCACGUCGAGUCCUCACAUGCAACAAAUCACGAGAAACAAGGGCCGGCAUCUCCAUCACUAUACAGUUCACCUCUAAACAGAACUACUGGUAAUGGGUUGUUCCUGAACGGUGGCGUGAAAAGCACGGGAGCCGAUCCUGACGAAGAAGAUGUACUGAACCCUAGGCAAGACGAAAUAGAUCGAUUUAACAGUUCAAUUCAUGUUGAAAGUGGGAAACGAGUAUUCAGCUAUUUCUGGAAGGUCACUGACAUGGAAUACAAAUUAAAGAGUUGGGGACCUCGCCGUUCUCUGCGUUCACCAAGUUUCUACAUUUUUGAGUACGGUUAUAUGAUGUACAUGAGAUUGUUUCCCCGACAAAACGGCCAAAAUGUUUACACUCAUGUUGGCUUAACUAAGGGAGAUUACGACGAGGCAUUAGAAUGGCCGUUUAUUUUGAAACAUCGUGUAUCUAUUCUUGACCAAGCAUCUCCUCCUUUUCAAGACAUUGUUUCAAGAGUUUGGGACCCAAAGGUAAUAGGAGCUGUAAAAAAUAGGGAAUAUAAAAACAUCACAAUCAAGCCUCCGUGUAGUUUGCGUUUUCUGAUAUCUUAACAAAAGGAAAUGUCUAUCCACAAAAAAAUCCUCAAGAGUGUAAAGAUAUACUUGCUACAAGUUUAAAUAAUCCUUUUACAAUUCAUACACGCUAAGGCUAGAUCUGCAGUGAUGCAAUAAUAUAUACACCAGAUAAAGCGGAGCGGUGCUAUGAUGUAACUACAACCUUCCCUGCUAGCUCGCUUACAUCUCAACAACGCAUUCUCGCUAUCCAUGUUGGACGAUUGGAUAUACACUUUGGUCAUCCAUCGUACGUGGAGUAUCCGUCUUAAUGUCAUAUGUCUCUACGUCGAAAUGCUACGUUUAUAGGAUAUCCAAAUUGAUAAAAUGUGGACGUAUUUGAAUAUCAAAAUUGACCGCAGUGGAUGUCGUAAGCAUAAAAUCCGGAUGUAGCUGAGACGCUGUUUGUCCAUGUUUUGGACUGCCUCCCCUACAUCCAUUUUAGACAAAAUUUGUACAUUCAAAAUUCAUUGAAAUUGAAAUAAAGAAUGCCAAGAAUUUAAUUUAA